GCCUGGUGCCCCCUCCGAUUUAGUCGCACGCCUGCGUUCCGUUCCUCUUUCUCGUGUCCUGCACAUCACACCCGUUUUCGCUCUCUCACACUGUUUCUCAGGAUUUUGUGAUCUGAGCUUAAAGAUGGAGCUGAGUAGCAUCAAAGAUGCAUUUGACCGUGUGGCUAAGAAGCAAAAGUUAUCCUCUUCGAAGUCUCAAGAAAUUGUUGACCAGGUGGGGCGUGAAAUUGAGCAGGCACUGGCGACAAUUCAGUCACCACAUGACCCCUUAAAACCUGUUGACGAGAAAUCCAUUAUUACAGAACUUAAGUUCAAGCUUAAUGCUAUUGGGGCACUUCAACAGUUAGAAGGAUCACAUAAGGAAUUGAAUAUAAGUCUUACCAAAUAUCAAAAACUCCCUGAGAAGGUGUUAAACCCUGACAUAUCAAAGGCAUACAGAAAUGUGGACUUUGAUACUCAUAUUGUCAACCAGAUCAUUGCAAGCCACUUUUACCAUCAAGGCUUAUUUGAUAUUGGAGAUAGCAUCAUAAAUGAGGCUGGAGAACCUGAUGCAACUGCACUGAGAUCUCAAUUCUUGGAAAUGCAUCAGAUUAUUGAAGCUAUGAGGAAUAAAAACCUUCAGCCUGCUCUCACAUGGGUCUCUGCCAAUCGUGAGAAACUUGUCCAGAUUGGUUCCAAUCUUGAACUUAAGAUUCACACGCUGCAGUUUGUAGAGAUCGUGCAAAAUGGAACCCGAGCUGAUGCCUUAAAAUAUGCCCGAACUUAUCUUACUCCUUUUGCUUCCCUCAACAAGGAUGAGUUCCAAAAGCUUAUGGGUUGCCUCUUGUAUGCAGGAAGGCUUGAGAGCUCCCCUUAUUCUGAGUUGAUGUCCCCUGUUCAUUGGGAGAUGACAACUGAAGAACUGGCACGGCAGUUCUGCACUCUCUUGGGGCAGUCCUACGAGAGUCCACUGAGCGUGGCAGUUGCAGCUGGAGUUGAGGGGUUGCCUACUUUGUUAAAGCUGGCAAAUGUAAUGGCAGCGAAGAAGCAGGAGUGGCAGGAAAUGAAACAGUUGCCAGUGCCUGUAGAAUUAGGUAAGGAAUUUCAGUUCCAUUCGAUUUUUGUUUGCCCUGUGAGUAGGGAUCAAGGAAGUGAAGAGAAUCCUCCAAUGCUGCUGCCAUGUUUACAUGUCCUUUGCAAGCAAUCAAUUAUAAAGCUAUCAAAAAACAGCACGCGGACAUUCAAGUGUCCAUAUUGUCCCACGGAGGCCACCGUUGCACACUGCAGACAGCUGUAUUUCUGAUUGUUCAUUUCUCUCUCUCUCACAUACAUCGCAUUGGUGCAAUAUAGCUUUUACAGCUUUCUUGAUGUGUAUAAAUCUUCUAAAUUCCCUUUUACAUUUGAUAAGACCAAUGAGUGAAUAACAAAUUGAAAGAACCUGUAUACAACCUGGAGCUCUGAUAUCAUCCCCCCCUCCCCUCCUCUUUCCUCUUCUCCUCCCCAUUUACUUGGAUUGUCCAAUUUUACCUUAAGUUCUUGCUUUCCUAAGUCUGAACAAUUUUACAGGUGCUUCCAUGAUCUCACUGCUUAAAACUUGUAUGGCGUACAUCUAUGUACAAUUAUGAUUGCACUAGAUAAA